GCCAUUUUAACGUUUAUAAAAGCAAACAGGCAUGUAACCACUCUGCAAAAUCAAAGUCUAGGGCUUAAGGGACUCAUCCUAAAGCUAUUCUCUUUUUCCUCUUUUUCGCUUUCUCUUCAACGUUCUCUCAAGAACAUGACGCCGCCACCUGGACCCUACUCCGGCCUCAGCACCUUGGCCCUGGUGGCUCGUGUGUCAGCUUUCUCUGCGGGUCUUGUGUAUGGGAACUUGAAGCUCAAAUAUCUCCGGGCAAAGGCAAAAUCUCAGAAGAAAGCUGAAGCUAAAGCCCAAGCAAAAGCGGCCCAUCACUGAAGAGAGAUUUGUUAUUGAAAGUUGGUAGACUUGAGUUUUGCUGGCAUAGGAAUAAUGCAUAGCAGCAGAAUUGUACCAGAUUCUUGUUUUGAUGUAAAGCUUUUCUAAACCAUGGUACACUGGUUAUAAUACUUUCCAAGAUUUUUUUUUUUUUUUAAGGUUCUUAACCUGGUUUUAUAAGAAUUGUUUAUUUGGUCUGCCUUGGCCACCAUGAAGGAUAUCUUAUAUUGCGUACCUGACAAUGUGUAGGUGAUGGAAGAUUAGAUCUUCCACUGAUUGAAAUAAUAAAUAUAUGCAACUUUUUGUCUACCA